AACACGCAGAGAGCCCCAUCAGCGCGUCCUCCACUACAGCGGCAGGUGGUCACCGCGCGUCGCGCACUUUGCUUGCAGCCCUUGAGGAGGAUUUUUGACAUGUUUUCAUCGUAUACCCCGCAGAUUCCCGGGGAGUAAAAUGGAUGGAGCAGAUUAACUUCUUUAAAAAAAGUACUCAGUUCUGUUUUUUGUUUUUCUUAAGGAGGCGAAACGUGAAGAUAGGUACCUUUUUUUUUAGCGUCUCUGCCUGCGUAAUGCUCUCUGCGUAGAGAUCGUUCAAACGCAUUCUCUGCUUUCGUCUUUUACUUUUUUUUUUUUUUACAUUUCAUUUUAUUUCCCUUUUUACGGCGCCACAUUUAGUUAUGGCACUCGCAAGGUUUAGUAAAAUGCUCCGUCUGCCGACUGAGCGAAAGAAACUCAAACAGUAUGAGCACGUCCACCGGGACGUCAACCCUAAUGACAUCUGGGAAAUAGUUGGAGAGCUUGGGGACGGUGCGUUUGGGAAGGUUUACAAGGCCUGUAACAAGGAAACUGGCAUUCUGGCUGCAGCCAAAGUGAUCGAGACGAAAUGUGAGGAAGAGCUGGAGGACUACAUGGUGGAGAUCGACAUCCUGGCUAAAUGUGACCACCACUACAUCGUCAAGCUCCUCGAUGCGUUUUAUUUCGAAAACAAACUCUGGAUCAUGAUUGAAUUCUGCGCUGGAGGUGCCGUCGAUGCCAAUAUGCUUGAGCUGGAUCGGGGACUAACCGAGCCGCAGAUCAGGGUGGUCUGUCGACAGAUGUUGGAGGCUCUCGACUACCUCCACCGCAUGAAGAUCAUACACAGGGACCUGAAGGCUGGCAACGUCCUCCUUACGCUGGAGGGGGAUAUCAAACUGGCGGAUUUUGGCGUGUCUGCAAAAAACACCAAAACCUUACAAAGGAGAGAUUCUUUCAUUGGGACGCCAUACUGGAUGGCUCCAGAGGUGGUGAUGUGUGAGACGAUGAAGGACGCGCCGUACGACUACAAGGCUGAUAUCUGGUCUCUUGGCAUCACCCUGAUCGAGCUCGCCCAAAUCGAACCCCCUCACCAUGAGCUCAACCCAAUGAGGGUGCUGCUGAAGGUGGCCAAGUCCGAGCCUCCGACCCUGGAUCAUCCUUACAAGUGGUCAAGGGAUUUUAAUGACUUCUUGAAGAAAGCUUUGGAUAAGAACCCAGAGAAUCGCCCCAGUGCAGCACAGCUCUUAGAGCACCCUUUUGUGAAGACGGUCACAUCCAACCGUCCAUUAAUUGAGCUGGUGGCAGAGGCCAAGGCUGAGGUCAUGGUGGAAAUCGAAGACAAUAGAGAGGAAGGAGAGGACGACGACACAAUGGAUCUCAUUGAGACACCUAGCAAGGACCCGUGCCAGACAAGUCAGACAAGCUUGGAAGAAGACCGGUCAGUGGACACGCCAAGCCCCACCAUGAUCCCCGCACGUUCACCAGUACCUUUGCCCAGGAAAUUGGCCCAGCCUGCUACACCAGCAGAGGAACAACAAGGCUCAGUCAUGGAGGUCCCUGUCCCCACACCACGCCUCAAUGCCUCUCAAAAAGAUUCAGAGGAGGUGGGGGAUAGGCUGUGUGAUGAGGUGCUGGAGUCGGAGAAAUCUGAGAGCGAGGCCUCAACUAAGACCUCCAGCUCGGACUCGGGCAUUGAAGAUGGGAAGAGUACGCCCACGAUGGAGGAAGAGAAGGUGGCUUCAGAGACACCAGAGAACGACGUGUCGCCAGAAGCCGAGACGACUUCAGAAAAACUCGACGACAUGAUAAACCAGCACAUACCAAGAGUCCACAUAUCUGGGGAAGAGCCCCCUGCUGUGGGCAAAAGAGACUCACCAGCUCCAAGCUUGAGUCCCAGCGUCACUCCCGGAGGCACUCCCGCCCCGUCUCAUGCUGGCGUGAACGAUGGUGUUAGCAUGGGUAUGGCGGCUCUAAUGUCGCUUGGAGAGAAUGCUGAGCCCGCCUCGCCUCAAGCCAACGGGAACCAUAACAAACGCCACUCGUUUACGGAAAGCCUGGCAUCGGAGAGCAUGUCGAUUAGCAAGGAGAGCUUCUCCAUGCCUUCAAAGGACUUUUCCAGUAAGACCCUAAAGCGGACAAGGAAGUUUGUUGUCGACGGCGUGGAGGUGAGCGUGACCACCUCCAAGGUCAUCCGGGAAGACGAACAGAAAGACGAGGACAUGAGAUUCCUGAGGCGCCAGGAGCUGCGUGAGCUCCGUUUGCUACAGAAGGAAGAGCAACGCACUCUGGCCGGUCUGAACGCCAAGCUGGAGUCCCAGAGGGAGCAGGUCCAGAAACGCUUUGACCAGGAAAUAAACGCCAAGAAGAAGCAGUUUGAUUCGGAUCUGGAGAAUCUGGAGAAACAACAGAAGCACACUAUUGAGAAGAUGGAGACGGAACACAGCGUCAAACUCAAGGAAGAAACCAAACGCAUCAAAACGGAGCAGGAACGAGAAUACCACAAAUUCCUGGACUCGAUAAAACAGAAGAAGAAGGAGGUUAAACAUUCAGUGGAGAAGUUGCCUCGGAGCGAGCGUAGAGACACCUUAAAACAGCGCAUGAGCUCCUUCCAGGAAACGAAGAUGAAAGAGGAGGAGAACUUCUUGUCGGAUCAGAAGAACUUCCUCGACUCAACGCUCAAGAUGAUCAUUUCCAACAACAAGAGGGAGAUCGCAGAAGCGGAAAGGGAAUGUCUCAACAAGAAGCAGGCGCUUAUUAGAGAGCGAGAGGCCACGUUGUGGGACAUGGAGGAGAAGAACCUUUUAGACAAGCACCAGCUUUUGAAGCAGCAAAUGAAAGAGCAGUACUUUCUUCAGAGGCAUCUACUCCUGAAGAAACACGAGAAGGAGCAAGAACAAAUGCAGUGCUACAACCAGCGGAUGAUCGAGCUCAUGAAGAACAGGCACCAGCAGGAGAAGGGCCGGCUGCCCAAGAUCCAGCGGAACGAGGCCAAGACGCGCAUGGCCAUGUUCAAGAAGAGCCUGCGCAUCAAUUCGACGGGCAGUAGCGCCGAGGACAGGGAAAAGAUCAAACAGUUUUCUCAGCAGGAGCAGAAGCGGCAGAAGGCAGAGAAGCAGCACCAGCAGCAAAAACACGACAACCAGCUGAGGGAGAUGAUGGGUCAGUGCGAAAGCAACAUGAGGGAGCUGCUGCACCUGCAGAAUGAAAAGUGCCACCUGCUGGUCGAGAAUGAGACUCUGAGGCUCAAGCAGUUGGAUGAGAAACACGCACUGCAGAUGAAGGAGUGGAGGGAGGAGCUGAAGCUCAGGAAGAUGACCAUUGAGGAGGAGCUGAGUGCAAAGAAGAGGGACCAGGAGGCUUUUUUCAUGAUGCAAGACAGCGCAGACAAUUCAAACCUCAGCUCUCCCCACAGAGUCUCCAAGUUUGUGCCUUAUAUGGACUCCUCCACCAUAUAGACGGAGAUGCGGCGAAGUUGCGUCUACCCACCUACGACACAGAAACGUGCACGGAAGUGCGUUCCACAUGCCUGCUGCCUCGGGUUUUCAUUUGUUUUAUUAGGAGUGCCUAAACCCUUGGUCCUUUCUUUGGAGUUCUAUGUUGCUUUGGUGAAUAUUUAUGUUUUAACUCAAGUUUUAUUUGGUCUUGUUGGGAGUUCUUUUUUUUUAUUAUUUCAAUAGUUUAAUGAUAAGAUUAUAAAGCAUUUACUCCCAAAACAGUGCUCGGUGUGCCAAAUCAUCGGUUUUUAAGGGUGCAUCUUAAAACACCCUUGAUAGUUGCUUUAACCCAGCCAGGGAAAAUGGCGUGAGAGGAAUGCGAUCAGUACUGAUAAACUAGUAACCAAGCAAAAUUCUUUUUUAAUAUAAAUAUUAUAUUUACUUCCCUAUACAUCCCAGUUAUUUUAUAUUUGUUCUAACCAUUAACCUCUCAUUUUUGUCACAUAGCUGCCAAAGCCUUAUUUAUUUUUUUACUGAUGAAGAUCAUUAUCUUGAUUAACACUGUACAUUUUUAAUUUUUUUUGAUUAGCUAUGAUAUGAAGGAGGGCUUUAAAUUCUUUCAUUUUUUUCAAAUGGGACAUUAAGGUGGAAUCCAAAGUUGUUUGAAUUUAAUAUUUUUUUAAUAUGUAGAUAAUUAUUUAGAAGCUGGAUUUGAAGAAAUGAGGGAAGACUAAAUGUUUAUCACAUGGUGUUGCUUAUUUUCCUUUAUUUACUGUAUAUAGUUAGUUACACUGGAUGGGAACUGACGAAGCCAAAGUAAAAAUACUGUUUUCUAUGUUGUAUGGGUGAUUUAAAUGCAUUAAGUGUGCAAUUAUUAUAUUCUUUGCAGUUAAUGAACUGCUUCUAACCAAUGUGCAAUACUGUAUGGAUGCCUCUGCUAAGCCUAGUGUUUUUUUUUACUUUGCCUUUCUUUGCACUAAGAGGGGAAUAAUAUGAAACAAUUCCUGAAAUUGAUUUUCCAGCCUUCUGCAAAUGAUGAUAAAUAUAUUUUCUCAGUUUACAUAUUAUUUGUAUGGCAAGGGUUGGGCUAUAUACAUGAAAAGUGUGUAUCUAUACAAGGAAGAACCACUGGUGUAAAUAAAAUACUUUUUUAAAA